AUGAGGUAUUUGGUGCCUUAUCUCGAGUCCUCGGGGGAGGGGGCCCGGGGGGGAGACCUGGGGCACACUUGCCCCUCCCUCCCUCCCACCCCCUUCCCAAUAUUUGGUUUCACAGCUGUAGUUAAAGCUUGGGAUUUGGUUAUUUCCCCCCUCCCAGGAAUUUUCUGUUAUUCUUGUUUUUCUUUUCCCAGUUAUAGGGGUUGUAUGGGGAGGGUCCCCACCAUCCCCCGCUGCAUGGGGGGGUCCCUCCACCAGUGUCAGGGCAUCAUUGGCCCUAUCCCUGCUCCCUACUUCCUCCUCUGCUGUCUGCCCCACACCCCCAACACUGGGGUUGGGAAGAGGUCCCACGUGGCAGGACUUGAUGGGGAAGAAGCAGGAUGA